AUGUCUUGGAGAAGUGUCGAUCAUUUACAGCAUAAUCCUAUCAUUAUUAUAGAUCCUAUAUUUGAUGGAACAAAGGAUGUAGGAACAAAGCCAUUGUCUUCACCUAUACUUGCUAUACCACCAGCCACUUAUGAUAGUCCUUUACUUUCAACGCCUUCAUUUUCAUCAUCUGUAUCUACCUUGAGCAGUUGUCAGUCUGCUCAAACUGAUUUUUUUGAUGCGACUCUAGUGCAGAAACAAGCUCUUCAAAUCGAGGAACUUCAAAAAGAUCUUACUGUGUUGAAUGAAAAAUAUAUUUGGCAAAUAGAAAAGCUGCAGAGUGCAGAGCAGCAAACAGCAGAAAUAGAACAUGAACUCGAAGACCUUUCACAACAUCUCUUUGAGCAGGCAAACGCAAUGGUAGCCAAAGAAAGAAAAGCACACCACGCUACAGAACAGAAGCUGCUUCAAACACAAAAAUUAUUAGAAUCGGCUCAAGAAGAAUUGGAAAAUCAGAGAGGACAAUUAAAGGAACUGAAAGAAAAGAUAAAAGUAACUCAAGGAACAAAACAAACAGAUAGCUUUCAGCAUAAUAAACGCAUCGAAUUUCUCGAUCGGAAAUGGCAAAGGUUAUUCAUGGAGUUUAUAGAGGCAACACCUCGAACUCCAAUCGACCUUUUACAUCGACUUCCAUUUUUGAAAUCAUGCACGGCGAUGGACACACAGCCCUGUCUGCGUUCUUGUUCGAGGCUGCCUAAAUACAUUAUAAAAAGAUUACUUGAUUCGGCUAUUUAUCAACCAUGUCUUAUAGAAACCACGACUUCAUUUCAAAAGCAACAUCAGCAACUAGCAGGGCGCUCAUCAUUUGCAUCCAUAUUUCGUCCUGGAUCAGCUUCACAGUGUUAUGGAUGUGGAUCAAAAAUUGAUAAAGAAAGCGAGUUAUAUCGGUUCAAACUAAAGGAAAUGGAUACAGAAUGGCAAUAUAUUGAUUUAGCUUGUCGGAAUAGAUUGGUUGCUGUAUGCAAUUUCUAUGCAUUUAUAAGACAUAUCUGUUUGGGUUUACGAGCGGCAAAAUCAAUUGACAGUUUAUUUGAAGAAUGCUUUCAACUAAGGCUAUCCAUGUUUUAUGCAAGAGCAGGGGUGAAUAUAAAUAGCUGA